AUGUAUGAAAAUUCGUGUUCAUAUCAAACGGCAUUAGACCUGAAAAGAGUCUCGCCACCCACAUUGGCCCAAGUUAAAACAGAAGAUUGUAUUACACUGGGACAGUGUUCACCCGAUUGGACCUCAUAUCGUUUUCAUCAGUCCACCUUUGAGCAGCUUAAGCAAAGCGUAGAAAAAGCCAAAGCGGCAUUACAAGAUCGCAGUUCAUUUUUUGGAGCUUCCAGUGCAUUUAGUGAUAUUUAUUCAACGCAACGUUUAAGUGACACUUUGGACACUCUGCCUUCGGUACAAAAUAGCAAUACAGCUAAUUGUAUUGGUAUUCAAGUUCAUAAUACCGGUGGUUCAGCCGCCAUGGCUCCCACCUCUCAAAGUUUGGUAUUAAAUGGCAAUUGUAUAUCAUCCGUAUCGUCGUCUUCAAAUGCCCAACGUUAUCGUUUGGAUACUCUACAACCUGCAAAUUGUUCUCCAGUACCUCAACAUGGUGUUAUAACAUCAAGUGCUGCGCCGUCAUCGUUAACGACAACGUUAAUGGAUGUGUCACAUAAUGAUAGUAAAACGAGAGAUAAAUCCUCAAUUGUGUGUUCUUCCACCUCCGUAUCCACAAAUUCUCACAACAAUUCCAGCAAUGACAACCGUAGCUUGAGCAAAUGUUUGUCGGGUCUCAAUAACUGUGAAAAAAUAAUAAUAAAAGAUUUACAAGCUCUAAAACCCUAUUUGAUGGGAUAUGAAGAGUUUCAUUGUAAUAUUUUUCAAUGGCAUACAACUGAAGCAGAAUACAUUGUACAAAUGAGUUUUUGA